GACGCUUUCACCUGUUGGGUUUCUCACUCUGAGGAAAGUCACACCAUGUCAUGAGAACACUCAAGCAAUACUAGGGUGAGGCCCAUGAGAAAAGGAACUGCGGUUUCCCACCAGCAGCUGGAGUCAACUUGUCAGUCAUGAGUGACAUAGAGGAAGUGAGAAGUUCUAAUAAUAGGGGUUUAUAUGCACUAUACAAUUUGACCCCAUGAAAGGGUGAGAUAUACCGAUCAAACAAUUGACAUUUACAAACAAAGAAACUGAAGUUUCCAGAGAAAAGGGCUAGCAGAAGCUCUUGAAAAUUACAUCAAGUGACCUGCUCACCCUCAGACAGUACAACCAUGAGCAAUAAUGCAACAGACCUAACCACUGGAUUCAUCUCCUCUUCUGUAGCUAUUAUCUUGUUUGGCUCAAACUUUGUACCACUUAAAAAAUAUGAUACUGGUGAUGGUAUGUUUCUCCAGUGGGUACUUUGUGCUGCCAUAUGGUUGGUCGCCCUGGUGGUCAAUCUGAUAUUACAUUGCCCUAAAUUUUGGCCUUUUGCAAUGGUUGGGGGCUGUAUUUGGGCAACAGGGAACAUUGCUGUUGUCCCAAUUAUCAAAACCAUUGGUUUAGGCCUUGGAAUCUUAAUCUGGGGAUCAUUUAAUACCUUAACUGGCUGGGCAAGCUCAAGGUUUGGCUGGUUUGGAAUGGAUGCAGAGGAAGUGUCAAAACCACUGCUGAAUUACAUUGGAGCUGCACUGUCAGUAAUAAGUGCUUUUGUGUUUUUGUUCAUCAGAAGUGAAAUACCAACUAACACAUGUUCCACAGACACCACACCAUUAAUAACAGAGCAUGUGAUCAACACAACUCAAGACGCCUGUCCUGACUACUCCUGGGUGGAUAAAUUGUCUACGGUACAACACCGCAUAGUGGGCUGUAGUCUGGCAGUGAUAUCUGGGAUACUCUAUGGAUGUACAUUUGUGCCAGUCAUUUAUAUCAAGGAUCACAGCAAAAGAAAUGAUAGUAUCUAUGCAGGGGCAAGCCAAUAUGAUCUAGACUAUGUUUUUGCUCACUUCAGUGGAAUCUUUCUUACAAGUACAAUCUACUUUCUGGCCUACUGUAUAGCAAUGAAAAAUAAUCCUAGACUGUAUCCAGAAGCAGUCUUACCAGGGUUCCUCUCAGGGAUUCUCUGGGCCAUCGCUACCUGCUGUUGUUUCAUAGCUAAUCACUCUCUCAGUGCCGUGGUCACUUUUCCCAUAAUCACCGCUGGUCCAGGACUUAUAGCUGCAAUGUGGGGUGUCUUCAUAUUCAAAGAAAUACAGGGUCUACAAAACUACCUGUUGAUGAUAUUUGCAUUUUGCAUCAUCUUGGCUGGAGUCUUAUGUACUGCUUUUUCUAAACUCUAAUAACCACAAGACCAGCAGAUGGCAGCAGUGGUUAAAAGAACAGGUCUUCAGGACACUGGAAAAACACUGAGAACAAGAGUUCAUUUUCAUACUGCCAAUGGAUCUCAACUCCUCUUAGAGUGGGUAAAUAACUUUUUUCACCUCUCUGAGAAUGAACGAAAACUGAGUUUCAAUGAAGUAUAAAAUCGAAAUAAAAUGAACUAUUUAUGAAGAUGGGAUUUCCAGGAUGACUAAAAUGUUUACAUUCUUAUACAAUUACAACUGUGGAUGCUCCAUUUGCCACGCUAUGUACAUAGUAUUGUUACUAGGAAAGACUGUGAGGUUCACAUGCAAAAAAUGUACAGCCCAAUUUCCCAACAUAUUACCCUCAUUAAUGAAGAGAGGCAGAAAAAUGUGGAGAAGAGGAGGGAGACUUCCCUUAUCAUGGAAUUAGAAUCCAAAGAUGUCUGGAUCCUUUGCUAGAAAAAGUAAAUGUCAGAGUUGGUAACUGAAUCUUAAAAAGGCCAUUUCUUUUUUUUUAAGGCCAAAUUUAUUUUUAUUCCAAGUUAAUACUGCAUCACCCACACAUCUUAGCUCACCAUGUUUUUUUUUUUAUUUAUAAGAUUCAUCCAGACAAAAAAGUCCUCCCAUUGAGAGUAUGUCUGUAAUACCUAUGUACCUACACCAGUACACACACAUAAAUACACUCACAUGGAUGGACACACUAGUCCAAAUCUGGGAGAAAUGCUAGAGAUGCUACAGUGAGGUUUUUGCUAAAAUAUGCUUUCCUGAAAUCUCUCUUUUAACUGAAGGUUUUCUUCAUAUUUUAAACUGGGGUUUCCACUGACAAAAGAAAAUGAUAGACAAUACCAGUUUAAUUUCUUUAGGAAAACAGAAAUGGAACUGCUAAUAUGAAAUUUAUUUUGAGAGUUUCCAAACUCCAAUCAAUGUAAAUUUCACCCACUGAAUUAUCCCUUCUAUUUCUUCCCCUUCUCUAUUCCCUCCCCUCCCUUUCUUUUCCCUUGAUCACUAUUCAGAAGUCACAGAAUAGCAUUCUAGUGUUCAGCUCCAUGGAUUUAAAUUCCAUUUCUGCUUCAUCUUAACUGUGUAACUUUGGCUAAGUUCCUGAGUCCCUUGUAUCAGAUAUCUCAUCUAUACACUGGGGGCGAUGACAGUAUCCACCUCGUAUGGCUAUUGUGAAGUACAAAUUAGUUAAAAUCUGUGAAGUAUAUUGAAUAGUGUCUGCUGCUUGACAAACAUGUAAUUCUUAACUAUCACUAUUUUGUAUUGUUUGUAAAAGAAAAUACAUCUGUGUUUUGGAGAAUGCCUUAUAAGUUACUGCCUUCAUGACUACUCUGUCCAAACAAUUGCUUUUUAAUCUCUCUAUGUGAGCAAAUAUUCAAAAUGAUACUGGAGUUCCUUGUUUAAUUGUUGAAUUGCUAACAUAAGUAAAUAUUUGAUUAUAAUAAAUUAUAAAAUCUUGUUUUAUUUACCUGAAAUGUCAUUAAUUAUGCUGAUAAACCUUGAAUAAAUUGACACAAUA